CUCAAAACGAACGGAAGAACUGGGUGGUCUUGUGUCCUUCAGCUGCCUCCCCUGCAGGGCUUCUCAAACACGGGAGGGCAUCUAAUUCCUCUCCGGGAUCAGACGUGGGAUCUGACCUUGGAUGGUCCUUGACCCGGGAAGCUGGCCGGCCCCCAAACGCUUUGGCUUUCCUUUUGGUGACAGCAGAGGACGAGAGCCGAUCACGGUUUGGGAGCUCCUCCGAGCGGGGGAAGGACCCCCCCCUUCUGAAUCCAUUUGGGAGGCUGCCUUCGGGCCCUUUGCAAGACCCUUUCUCAACUGCCUUGUUUUUAACUUUUAGAUUCGGCGGGGGGGGGGGAACUGUCUCUUGUUCUAGGGAGGAAAUUCACGUUGACCCACAAGGAUUUAGCCAGUAGAACUUAUUUGGUGUUUUUUUCUUUUUCUUUUUUAACCCCUAACUCCUUGAAGAGAUGUUUAUUCGUCAUUUGAGUCCUGAGCUGGCCAGCUGCAAGAAGCAGAGCUUUUGAGCAGAAGUGGGGAAUCCUCUGAACCCAAGGAGGAAGCCGAAAGCAGAAAUUAAAACUAGUCCUUAACUGGCGACCACAAUGGAGCCCCAAAACAGUCCCUAAAUGAACCAUUAUGUCCGGUGGGAUCUUCGCCCCGCUGGAAAACCUGUGUGAGCUCGACAACGCCAACUGCCACCCGCUGGUGUGCUUCCUGUGCCAGGAGCAGUACGAGCACCCCUGCCUGCUGGAUUGCUACCACAACUUCUGCGCCAGCUGCCUGCGGGGAAGAGCCAUCGACGGCCGCCUGGCCUGUCCCCUCUGCGGCCACCAGUCUGUCGUGAAGGGAAACGGGCUCCCUCCCGAAGACCAGCUGCUCAAAUUCCUGGUGGACAGCUCUGGAGACUACGAAGAAGAUGUCCUAUGUGCGAAUUGUGACCUGCAAAGCACAAAGCAGGAGCUGGACGCCAUGUACUUCUGCAACACCUGCAGCCAGCCGCUGUGUGCCAAGUGCCGGGAAGAGACCCACAAGGCCAGGAUGUUCUCCCGCCACGAGAUCGUCUCGCUGAGCAAACGGGCGAAGGAGGUCCAUAAGAAAUGCCCCCUCCACGAGGAAUUGUACAUCAUGUUCUCCACGGAGAAAAAAUCCAUGCUUUGCAUUAACUGUUUCCGGGACAUGCCUGUGGAAAGCCGAGCUCAUUGCAUCGACAUCGAGACGGCCUACAUGCGAGGGUGCGAGAAACUGGACCAGGCUGUGAUGGCGGUGAAGGAGCUGCAGACGUCCACCCGGGAGGCCAUCGUCCUCCUCAAGGCCAUGAUCGAGGAGGUCCGGAACAGCGCGGACGAGGAGGAGACGGCCAUCCACGCUCUCUUCGGCAGCAUGCAGGAGAAACUGGCCGAAAGGAAGAAGACACUCCUGAAAGUUGUGCAGAGCCAGUACGAAGAAAAGGGAAAAGCUUUUAAAGGACAGCUUGCUCACCUGGCUUCAUUGCUGCCCACCCUGCAGGUGCACCUUGUGACUUGCUCGGCAUUUCUAAGUUCGGCCAACAAAGCUGAAUUUCUGGAUUUGGGCUACCAACUCAUGGAGCGCUUGCAAAGGAUCGUCAAACAACCCCACCGCUUGAGGCCGUCGCAAACUAGCAAGAUCAACAGCGAAUACCGGGCUGAGUUUGCCCACUGCCUGGAGCCCCUGCUGCCCUUAUCUCCACGCCGGUCAGUAGUGGGGACCACAGGAACCAUGGGACCCGGCAUGAGCAACAGCAACAUGAUGUCUGGGGGUCCCGGCUCCAAGACCCUCUUGGUGGCCAGCUGUCCGUCUUCCCACGAGACAAUGCCCCUGGCGGGGUCGCCGGUAAGGAAGGCCACCAUGCACCGAUACAUCAGCACCAAAGUCCUUUUGGCUGAGGGGAAGGAGACCCUGUUUACCGACCACUGUCGCAACUACGAGAACAUGUAUCGGGAGCUACAGACCGAGAUUCAGAGCUUAAAAGACCACGUGCAGGAACUCCACCGGGACCUCACCAAGCACCACUCCCUGAUCAGGACGGAGAUCAUGGGCGAAGUCCUGCAGAAAUCCCUCCAGAUGGACGUUCAAAUCGCCUCCGAAUAUUCCUCCGUGGAAAUGAAACGGACCGAGUUCGAAGAGACCUGGGAGGAAACUUACCAACGGGUGGCCAACGAACAGGAGAUUUAUGAAGCCCAGCUCCACGACCUGCUGCAGCUGAGACAGGAGAAUAACUACCUGACCACCAUCACCAAGCAGAUCGCCCCCUACAUCCGCUCGAUCGCCAGGGUCAAGGAGCGGCUGGAACCCAGCAGGCUCCAGGACUGGAAAGAGAAAGCGGAUCAGCCGGAGAGCCUGCUCAAGAUCUACGAGGACGGAGCCCCCCCAGCCCAGCCUCAGUCCAGCAGUGGCAAAGACUGGACACCGAAAGCAGAAACACAGGUGCUCGGCCCAGCCGCCAAGGACUCGCAGCCGAAAAACACCGAGGUCUCCAAAAACACACCGAAAAUCCGGACGGAGACCCCCUUGGACCCCACAGGAGCCCUGUCGAGUCUAACCAAGGAUGGAGAUCUGAAGACGGAGCUGCUCUUGAGCUGAGGGUGCAAAAUCUUCCUUUUGGAAAUAUAUAUAUAUUUCUCUCGAUUUUAGAAUUUUUAUAUAGUUUAGAAUUCACGCGUGGAAUAUGCACCAUCCAUGCGUGAAUUCUAAUAUAUAUAUAUUCUAAAUCAAUUUAAAUCAAUAUAUCUAUAUAAUAGCUCUGGUGCAUAUUUCGUGCGUGAAUUCUGGAAGUUUUAACGUCUAAAUUGCGUGCCGUUUCUUGUUUGGGUUGUGCAUUAAAGAGUCCUGCGGGAACUUUGAACCCCAAA